UAGAAAGUCCUUAAAGAAAUAGGAGUGAGGGGAACAUAAGAAGACAGUACACUCCGCCGGUGUAUACACUACAUUCUCUACUGCCGUUGUAAAAAUAUAAAUUCGCGAUUGAGAAGCGGAAUCGUUGAAAAUUCGAUGACUUUAAUCUUCUGCUAUUACGUAAACACGGUGUAUAGUCUGCUUUAUUAGGCUCAGUUAUCAGUUGGAAGUGGCCCGGUUCGGCUCGUAGCGCCUGCCUCUUUAGUACGGACGCGGCUUUGUUUCGGGCAACAUGUUUUUUAACAAAGUGACCUAUGAAGUGCUCAAGACUGUUCAUCUUGGUUUCAGCUUUCUUCUCCUCUUCUCGGCUGAUUUCACUUUCAACAAUUUAAUGCCAACUAUGUACAAACGUAUCUCUUUUGAGAACCCUUCAUUCUCAAUCGAUGGAUUUACCGGGCUUGGAGGGCUUUAUUUUGUGUACGGGAUCACUCUUUGGCUGGCCCCUUCGAUCAAUUCAGUCAUCGGUCCCAGGAUGGGGAUGGUAAUAGGUGCUGUGUUCAUAACAUUCCAUAUUUCUAUUGUUGAAUUCGAACUAGUCUGGCUGAUAUACUUGGGCAUAUUGUUCAGCGGUUUCGGAGGUUCGAUACUAUGGGUCGGAGAAGGCAACUACAUAGUCCUCAAUUCGAAAAAUAUCAAUGUUACGAGACAUGUAUGCAUAUUUUGGGUAUUGUACACCGGAUCGAUGAUCGUUGGAAACUUGUACAUGACCCUGCAUCUGCAUAAUGCCACUGACUUGGACAGAGAAACUAGAGCCCUGUUACUCAGGAUACUGACGGGAAUUGGACUCGUUUCCGCUGUUUCCAUGUGCUUCCUGAGGACGCCAACAGCAGUCGAAGAACACAAGAUCAUCAACGAAGGCCCGUUAAAAACAUUAGUACAAACUUUCAAAUUGUACUUGACCCCAGAAAUGCGUUUGCUUUUCCUGACGUUCAUUUAUGCUGGUUUUCAGCAAUCUUUCGGCUGGAGCAUUUACGAAACGUGCGUUGGCUUCACGAAAUCUUUUGGACCAAGAGCGACAGAACUGGUGCCUCUUUCCGGGCUCACGUACGGCGUAGGAAAUUCAUUGGGAGGUGCUUUUCACAUGAUCAUCGCGAAGAAAGUAAUAAUUAAAUGUCAGAGAGGUCUUAUUAUUUGCGUGAGUGGAGUUUUACAAAUCAUUGCCCUCUUCCUCACCUUCCUUAACUUACCGAACGAAUCCGUUUUCGGCCCGACGAGUCAAGUGUCUGUAAUUGAGCCCAGUGUUGGUUUAGCAUUGGGGUGCGGCUUUAUACUUGGUUUCGGUGACAGCUGCAUCAACACGCAAAUUUUCUCCCUUCUGGCACAUAUCCACCCAGACCAUAGCGCUAAUACGAGUGCCCUUUAUAAAUUCACAAAGUGCAUGGCGAUGGCAGGCUUUUUCUUCAUUGGCAUCUCACUGGGUCUCCACUACCAAAUUCUUGUCAUCGUUGUGAUGGCAAUUGGAGGAAGUAUUGCUUUCUUUUUGGUGGACUACAAGACUUGUAGUCGAAUAAAAAACUACCCAGUCUGUGCAGACCAAAGUUAACUUUAAAUUUAUGUAUAAUAAAAAAAUUUAACUAUUCAA